CCAAAUUCCAAACUCUCAACUCAACAAGUCUAUAAAUACAUAUUUAAACCUCCUCAACACAAGUCUCAGACUCUCUACCAACCCACUUAGCCCACGCCUUCUCAGCCAUUUGCCACCACCCUCACUCUUCACUUCACCACCCUCCUCUUUUGGCUCUUUUAACUCUUCACAGGGCAACUUCUCUCCCUUUCCCAUCUCUCUGUGUCUCUACAUGCUUUACCAAACCAAAUGGGCAACCUCUGCGCCUGCCUCGCAACCCAACCCGUGAAGAAAAAACCGAUAAAGCGCCUCCCCAACCCGCCACCGCAAUCCAAUACCAGCAACCGGUGGACCCGGAUCCGAUCCUCCAGAAAAGAGAAGCUCGACGACGCUUUGCUCCAAGAACAAGCUCUCGCCGCCGCGAUUCUGUUCCAGCAGCACCAGCAGAACGGUUCUUUGCCCUUUGAUCGCUCUGCUUCGCUGCGUUACCCGAAUUCGAGCUCCAAGAAGAGCAGCAACGCCUUGCCCCGUAGCUCCAGCUCUCGGGCUCGGUCCCUCACCGACCCUCUCCUCCAGCCUCACCAGCUUGUUAACCAGGAUGUAAAGCUUGAUGAUCUGGAAACCAACCAUUUUGUCCUUGUACAUGGAGGUGGCUUUGGUGCUUGGUGUUGGUAUAAAACCAUAGCACUUCUGGAGGAGGUUGGUUUUAAAGUUACUGCCAUAGACUUGACUGGCUCUGGAAUUCAUUCAUCUGAUGCAAACAGUGUCACAAGUCUUUCUCAAUAUGUGAAGCCUCUUAGAGAUUUUCUUGAAAACCUUCCCGAGGGAAAUAAG